UACUUUCUUUUUAAUUUCUUUGCUCUGACGUUUUUAACCCAACUGGUGCUACUAUAAAUUGUACUCUUCCCGCACAAUGCAAUUUUCAUUCAAGCAUCCGCCCAUAAAUCAAAAUCUCUCCAAACAAUAAACGUCAUCGCUCACAUUACACAUAUCCAUACAAACAUAUGUACGUAAUUAGAUAUUUUUCAAACGUUUUGCUCAUUUCGUACGUUUUGCAAAUUUUAAUAAGUAACUUACUUUUUUGUUUGUUUGCAUUAAGUCGUCAUGCUGCGCUGUCUUCCGCUCCAGCCACACACACUUGCCAAUUUGCUUCGAUAACACACCUCAGUUCACCAUACUCGUGACUUUUAUCAUACAGACAUGUACUAUAUAUCGAUUAUUUUUCGCUUGUUUAUUUGCGUUUCGUGUUUGUCACUUUACCAGUAGCUAAUUGCUUAAGUGACUGCCACGUCCGUCCAGUCCGUCCGGCAGUCGGUACGGUAACUAAUAAUGUCAGCAAUUUCUGUCUGUCUGUCUGUACAUAUUUUGUGUUUUGUUUUCACCUUCGAUUGUGCUAUGGCAUGCCUGCCAGUAAGUUGAGUGGUAGUCGCAUAAUUUGUCGUCAUUAUUAAUGCUUAAUCAGUAAUUACCGCAAGCCAACAUACGCAUAAUUAAUUACAGCGCGAAGCUGAAAAAAAUUAAAAAAAUAUAUGUGUGAUCAAUUUUCACUCGUGUGCAAAUAUUUAUGCCUAUUCCUGUUUUUUAAACAAAAAAAAUAUAAUUUAUACGUUACACUUUACGCUUUAAUGUGUUUAUUCGACGUUUCUUGCCUUUGCUCUCGUGCGUAGUUCGCAUAUUUUUGCAAAAUAAUCGCUGUGUUUACUUUUUUAAAGAGGUCAUUGUCUCUUAUUGGUGGCGAAAGAAUAAAAAUUGAAAAAAAAAAUAAUAAUUUUCGUACAAUAUUUUUUGACAACAGAAGCGUAAAAUGCUGAGAAAUGACAUUAAAUCUGCUUAGCUGUCAUUUUAGUUGCGAACGCCGGUGCCUUAUAAAUGGAUUUAAACUUAAUCGAUUCAUAUAUUUCUCGAAGUAGCGCAUAGGCUACUAUAGCGUACAGUUGAGACUUGAUUUUUAGUCAAUAAACUUAACGAAAUCUGUGACAGCGUGCUUACAUUAAAUAUAAUAGAUUAUGAAGUUCCUAAUUUCUUCACUGCUACUGUUAGCUGUCACAUCAACGCUUGCUUACGUCACUGAAGAAGAAGUGCCAAGCGAAGAUGGCGUGCUUGUGCUGACUACCGCCAAUUUUAAGGCUGUCAUAGAGGCAAAUGAUUUAGUCUUGGUGGAUUUCUACGCACCCUGGUGCGGUGCCUCCAUCGCGCUGACACCCGAAUUUGCUAAAGCUGCGCAGUUCUUAGCUGAGUGGCGUUCACCCAUCAAGUUGGCCAAAGUCGAUGUGACCGUCUCGAGCGAGUUGGACACAUAUUUCCAAUUGCGUCAAUAUCCCACCUUGAAGUAUUUCCGACGUGGCGUUCCCUUUGAGUAUAAUGGCGGUUAUCGCGCAGCUGAUAUUAUUGCUUGGCUUAAUGCAGUCCAAUGAAUAAAUAAUUAGAAAUAU